AUGGUCUCGCCUAACCUCAGAACUCAGAAGAGACUUGCUGCCAGCGUUGUUGGUGUUGGUAAGAGAAAGAUUUGGUUGGACCCAAAUGAGACCACUGAAUUGGCUUCCGCUAACUCUCGUAGUGCCAUCAGAAAGCUCUACAAGAACGGUACCAUUGUCAAGAAGCCAGUGACUUCCCACUCUAGAGCCUCUGCCAGAAUCAUGGCCGAGUCCAAGAGAAACGGUAGACACAUGGGUCUCGGUAAGAGAAAGGGUACCAAGAACGCCCGUAUGCCUACCCAGGUUGUUUGGAUGAGAAGAUUGAGAGUCUUGAGAAGAUUGUUGGCUAAGUACAGAGAUGCCGGUAAGAUCGACAGACACUUGUACCACCACUUGUACUUGGCUGCCAAGGGUAACGCCUUCAAGCACAAGAGAGCUUUGGUUGAGCACGUCAUUCAGGCUAAGGCCGAGGCUGCUCGUGAGAAGUCUUUGAAGGAGGAGGCCGAGGCCAGAAGAUUGAGAAACAAGGCUGCCAGAGAGAGAAGAGCCCAGAGAGUCGAGGAGAAGAGACAGGCCUUCUUGAACGACGCUUAA